AGUUAGAGGAUGUCCCUGUCCAGCUCCAUUCCAAGAUGAUUAUACACCCCUACGCCUACCGCUACCACAUAUGUUCUAGGAAAUCGCAGCAAUUUGAUUAAAUUCAGAUUGUGAGUUGUUGUCAAUACGACAGACGAUUUAUACACUACUCGCUGCGCCGGGUAAUUGAAAGCGCACGAGUCUAAUUCUACUUCAAGAUCUCCGCGGCCAUGUUCUCUUCCUCGAUGAAAAAUUCCGGCGAUCAAGACCUGUUACAACCCCGCCGCCGAGCCAACAGCGCCAUGAACAACACUUCGCUCGCAGAUGGCGCUUAUGCAUUGCAAAAGCAUCGGAUACUAGCUACAAACUGCAUGACAAGUUUUGCCAAGAAGAAAAAUGAAAUUUGUGAUGUUGAUUUAUACCUAAGAUAGAGGAUUUGCCAUGCAUCACUGCAAUUACGUACGAGUACGAAAUUACGCUUUUGCAAUGCAUAGCACUGCAGGAUCCUCCAAAGAAGACGCCCAAGAAUACGAGAUGGUAGAGCUCGCCACCAUGGCCGAGCCUCUGGUUGCGGACGAAAGCUCCAGAAUCACCAGCAGGGGCGUACCGAUAGAGAUCCAAGCGGGGUCCUCAUCCUCCGCGACUACCGCACGAAGAACCGGGGGUGCGCAAGGAGCUUCGGUAUUGAGACUUUCCCCCAUGUCGCCAGUGGAACUAGGUAUGCUGCGGAACGAGCAAUACCCAGCGGAAUUGAAUUACCCGAAAUACGCGAUUACCCCCAAUGCGGUAUUUUUGUUGGAUGAGGAGGAUGUAGUGGCGAAGUACGGUACAAGAACUCCUGCAUCUUCGCAAGAACCACAACAAACCAACAAGCUCUUGACCGAAGCGAUGGCAGAUUUCUUUUGGGAAACGGUUGCGAGCAAACACGCGCGGCUGCGGACGGUGCCGGAUGUAGAAACGGGGAAGUGGAAGAUGGAGACACUGGCGGUGGGGAAAAGUGGUAUGGACUGGACUUAUCAUAUGCGGUUUGUCGAGGUGGAGGAAAGUACUAGUAGUAUUAGUGCAACCAACCCUGCCGUAGUGCCAAGCGAGUACACGAUGCACCCGGCAAUUGAGCAGAAAAUCACCAGCGUACUGGACCACGAAGAUUAUCCAUUGCAAAUAUGUCUGGGUCUGGAUUUGUGAUGCGAAGUUUGAAGGCCAACAUGAUCGGUAAUGCAUGCAUAGGAAUGAGCACGUUUAUUUUUCUCGUGCUGGAAGCGAUUCUGUCAUGCGUUUCAUGAAUGAAUAUGCACAAGCCGCAAAAAACUUCUCAUGCUGUUAUGCCGUAUAACAAGCCAGACACAUUUGCAGUGCAUAAAGAUUUAGAUGUGACAAAACCGCUGUGGAAAGCGUAUGUGGUCAGACUGAAACAAAACGGAAAGCGAUCAUCUUCUCCCGCAAAGGAUAGGAAAUUCUGCACCACCUGUUUAGUCGUCCGCAUGCACCACGCCGUGACUGACGGGGUGAACGGCAUGAAAAUCUUGGAUUUUUUCAAGAAUGACCUGAACGAAAGGUGUGAUAUUUUGCAAGCCGCGGAAGCGAAGUUCAAAUCCAGUCGCGGUGGCGGGAGAAAUAAUAGUAAAACGGAGGCUGCGUCGAAGCAAAAUUUCUGCUUCCGGUUUUUCCGCUUCAUCCUCCUCAUCGACUUGAUUUUCCUUCCGAUUUUGAAGCUGAUCGGCUUCGUUUUCUGGCUCAUCUUCGACGUAUUCCGCUCCAUUGCCGCGACGGCGUAUUUGCCAAUCCGACCGCUAUCUACGUUUUCCUCCUUCUAUCCGGUCCGGAAAGACAGUUCCUUCGUGGAGAACAUGAGAUACGGCCCGCGGAAGGUGGUGUUUUUUCCGGUGAUUCCUUUCGAAGUGGUAAAAGCGUUGAAAACCGAGUUGAAGGUCACGGUGAACGAUGUUUUGAUGAGCUGUUUUGCGGGCGCCAUUGGGCGUUUUUGUGGGGAGGUCAAGCGGGACGAGAAUUUUCUGGGAGGAAUGCGGGAAAAGGUAUUGAUGAUAAAUUGAUGGUUCCAUCAUGUGUUUGUGGAGAGCCUGAGAAAAUUUGUGAUGCAGCCACACUCAUAGAUACAGAUGUUAAAAUAUAAGCCAGCACGCUUCGCCAUCAUCUGUCACAGCAUGACAAGAAAAACUUUAUCGUCAGGCCACCUUUCAAGCGUUGAUCCCCUGCGCCUUACCGGUGAAGAACAGGAAGGAUCCACAAGACCAGUUGCUGAACAACUUCACCUUUCUCAGUACCCCGCUCGCAGUCCACGAAAUCACGAAUCCAGAAGCGCGGACAGAAGCCUCUAGCAAUUUGUCUCCGGGCGGCGCAAGAACAGCUGCUGCUGACACUUUGCCCAUUAUCCAAGACACGGCCACAUCUGCAUCAACCUCCCUAUCACGACCUGAACCCACCAAAGCGGUCAACCGCGUUUUUUUCACGCAGAAAAUCAUGAAUCAGUUUAAAACCAGCCUGGUUGGCUUCGUCUCCCUUUUCCUGACUCAAGUGACCAGCCGACUUUUGCCCGCGAAGCAAACCGCCCAGCAGGUCGGGGACAUUUUUCUACGACACGGGCUGGUUUUCUCCAACGUGCCCGGAUAUGUGGUGCCCGUGAAGACGACUGGUGGAAGCGGCACAACAAUAAACCCAUCAACUACAACGUUAUUCCCGCAAACCGAUUCCACGAAAGAUAACCCCGCGUUUCGCUCCUUGGUAGUCGCGGACGGGAUCAAGGUGAAGGGGAUUUUCGUCUACUUCUACAACAUACAGCCGCAAGUCAUUUUGAGUAGUUACCAGGACAAGGUGUUCAUGACGCUGGUGAUUGAUCCGACGAGACACUUCAAAACGGUGGUGGAGGAGGACACUUUUGUGAAGUGCUACAACGAGGAGCUGUAUUUACUUGCCGAAGCGGUGAUCUUAAGAGGAAAUAACGGGAUGCUGAACAGGGACAAUUGGACGAACAAUGAAAAUUUGAAAUUGCUCGAAUUGUUCCUGAACCAGAGACCGAUUCCGAGGAUGUAGUGGUGGAGAAGGAGAUGAUAUAAUUAAGUAGCUGUGAUAGUGAUGACGAGAACAAGUGUCCUCGUGUAGGGAUAAUUUCAUCGGAUUUGAACAUGGGACGACGGAAUCUGUUUCAGCUUUGAUUUCGUGUUUCUUAUUUUAUUUUUUUUUGCUACUUUCGUUAUUCUUAUUGCUGUUUCUUGAUCUUGACGUUUUGAACAGAAACACGAAUAAUUUGAUCCAUUUAGAGCGGUAUAUGGUUGUAAUAAACGCACAUAUUGAACAAGAAGACCAAGACGCGCAAAGAAUUGUUUUUCUGCUGUCCCCGGGAAAUUUACGUCGCUUGACGCAACACUGGUGACAGAGACAGAAUCGGCGAUUUUUAUUUCUGUAAAAAUGCAUGCCCGCCAAAAGUUUUGAUGGAGACGGAAGCAAUACCAAACGGCGACGAUGAAGCGCUCCUUGCCAUAGCGCUGAUUUUUUCUCU